AUGGAGUCCCAAGAUCAAAGCCGCGAUCAGUCCGCCCGGAUUCUCCCCUACCCACGCCGCUUCGAUAAUAGCCUCGCGAUAAGUUUCAACGAGUACCGCUAUGGCCGCCACACUAAGAAAGAAGGUAAAGAAUUACGUAUCUGGGGCAUAGGAUGCAUUAUUUAUCCUUCAAGUCAAUAUAUUGCGGAACGUCUGUCGGUUCAAGACGCGUUCAAAAUGGUCAACAGCCGCCUCCUCAAGCAGCGCUUUCCCGACUGGGAUAAAGUCUCCAAAGUGACCAGUUAUCAUAGCAUCAAUGCGAAUGCGGAGCGCCUUUUGCAUUUCGCACGCGAAGAAAUGUCGAUCUACAUGCCACACCACGAGCCAGAUUGGAGUGUGUGUACUCUGGCGGGUGUUGUAGACCUAGGCUUCUCGCUAAAGAUCGAGAUUACCACCGAUUAA